UUCCUGACAUCUUGUCUGUGACUGCCUUGCUGUCUUUUGAAGAAAUGAAAAUUGCGUUUUAUAAUUAGGCAAAAAUAAUUUUCUCGUUAUCAUUUAAAGUGAAAAACCUAAGAAGAUGAACCGUCAAGUGGAUGUAAAAGCGCUAGUGUCCCACAUAGUAAGAGGCGAUGGCUUGGACAAAUGUCGAAUUUGUAUGGGAGACACCACCGAAGGCCAGGUUUACCUCGGCGACACGGUCAUGAUGGAUGGAGAACGACCGGUUACGCUUGCUGAACUACUGGAAAUAAUCACAGGCAUCGAGGUUCCGCUGGAGGAGGAUCUACCUGCUGGCCUGUGCACCGAAUGUGCUCAGAGAGCCAUGGAUGCUGCCAGCUUCCGAACGCUGUGCAGUCAAGCCGCUAGCCAAUGGGACUCCACUCUGCAGCUCCUCACUAACUACUUACCAACCAAGUACAAAGAUAAAACCAUGUACAUCAUUAUGAAGAACGAUGAAAUCUCUAUAGCUAACAAUCCUAGAGGUAAACCAGAUAAACAUGAGAAAAUUUCACAAAUUAUAGAGCAAAAAGAGGUGCAGUUUAGAGAUGUAACACAUAAAUGUCAAUGUCCAGACUGCGGAAAGAAAUUUGCAUAUGCACAACAUCUGUAUUUACAUUUGAAGGAGUCGAUGGACUUUAAGCGGGCCUGCUAUGUUUGUGCUAAAAUCAUGACGAGAGAUGAGUUGAUUCUGCAUUUAAUAACUGCUCAUCACCUGGGUACUUACGAUUGUAAGAAGUGUCCAGCUUUGUUCAAGUCCCGUAAGUUUCUAAUUCGGCAUACGGAGGAGGCGCAUAGUCCUGGAGCAUGCACAUGUGGUGAUUGUGGACGUAGCUUUAAAUCCAGGCCAGCUUUCAACGCUCACCUAUCCGUCCAUGCUGUCAAAACAUGUCCAGGUUGUGAUAAAAUAUUCAGAAACCAAACAUGCUACUUGCAUCAUGUGAAGAAAUGCUGCGAUUUAGACAUUAGUAGGAAGACUCAUCAGACGAAACACAAAGUUACUAUAGAAGUUAAGAAUAAGAAGAGUGAGAGGAGAACUAGAGUGGGCCUUCGGGGCGCAGCGGAUAAAGAAUGCAUUUGUGAUUAUUGCGGGAAGAAACUAGCUGGGAAGAAGUUCAUAACAGCACAUAUACAGAUAGUACAUCUUAAAAACACGCACAGACCUUGCCCGUAUUGCGGUAAAUUCCUUGCCUCUGCCCAUAUGGGUGAACAUCUUAAGAAGCAUGAGGUUGAAACUAUAUUCACAUGUGAACACUGUGGUAUAGUAUUAAAAACCAAGCUAGGUUACGUUCAGCACAUACGUCUGCAUACUGGCGAGAAGCCGUACGCUUGUAAAUAUUGCGGUGAAACGUUCUCAGCGUCUUCAAGAAGAUCGGAGCAUAUACGAAAAGCUCACAAAAAACCUAUUACUAUACUGAGAUAUGCUUGCGAGUACUGCCCGGCGCGCUUCCAACUCCCGUACAAACUUAGAAAUCAUGUGUCCACUGUUCAUAAUAAGGAGGAUAAAGCGGCAGUCCCAUUUUCUUGUAAGAUUUGCAUGGAAAAGUUCAGCAGCUGCCGAGGGCUGACACACCAUAGUAGGAAACAUCAGAAGGACGGAACGGUUGAUUUUAAAGUCUAUAGCCAACCUAGAAGUCAUAGCAAACCUAGGAUACUGAAAGUGGAGACUUCGCCCCUCCUGCCCAACAGGAUCUGCGGGGCCUGCGCCGACACUGUCACCCCCACCGUCACCCUCAUUGACUACCUGAGAGACUCGCACAGAAAGUGGACAGAAGCUUCCAACUACCUCGACCAGUUAGAGUUCAAGGAAAACGUCAAAACAGCUUACAUAGUUGUGAACGAUGAAGUCAAAGAUAUAACCACCUACACGGAGAAUGUGAAGAGAGGUCACCCGGAGGACAUUUUGAAGUAUUUCAAGAAACGGAAGCAGCAACAGAACGCUGUUAAAAGGAGAAACGAAUUGGAGAGACAAUUGAGGGACUCGGAAAUUAAUACUGGUCUCAAAUGCCCGGAAUGUGAAAAGAGCUUUCUGUGUGUGUACAAGUACAACAUGCAUAUGCGUUAUUAUGAUAAGCGCGCGUGCGUACAUUGCAAAGAACUUAUUAAAAUAGAAGAUCUAAAAGAUCAUUAUAAAGAUCAUGGUGUUGAUACUAUGCAGUGUGAUAUCUGCUAUGAAACUUUUAAGAAACAGGAUGCGUUCUUGAAACACAAAGUUACUUAUCACAGCAAGGGGCCUUACUUCUGCUACAUAUGCAAGCUGUCUUAUAGAGAUCCCCACCAUUUGGCGUCUCAUAUGACGAGCAAACACGAGCCUAGAAUCUGUUUAGCUUGUGACAAAAAAUUCUCAAACGUGUACUGUUUUAGAACACACUCGAGAAGAUGUAAGAACUCACAAAGAAAAGGCGGCGUGUUCAUUUGCGAUAUCUGCGCUAAAGUGUACAGCUCUAAAUACGCUCUAAAAGUCCAUUUAGAGUAUAUCCACAUGAACAAGGAGCAUUCUCACCAAUGUGAGCAUUGCGGGAAAGUCUUCAACAGCGCAAUUCAUCUGUUAGAGCAUAGCAACAAACACAACAGGGUCCCCGACAGAUUUGUUUGCAACAUUUGCGGAGUCGCGGAGGACCCGUGCCUGCCUCCAGGCCUCUGCCGACCGUGCUCAGAGGACGCCAUGGCUGCCGCACACUUCCGACAACUCUCCACCAUGUCCCACCAGCACUGGACGGAAGCUGUCGACUCCCUCACCCAAAUACACGACCCGGAAGACGAGGACAGAACUUACUACGUCUUCAUAAACGACGGAGAUAUGCUAAUCAGAGAGGAUCUAAGCAAAAUCUCCAAAGACGAGGUCGUGGGGAGACUAAACGAGAAACCAGCGAAGAGUAAGAGAUCUUACACGAGAUCCGCGGGGAAAUGCCAAUGUCCGGAUUGUGGGAAAGAUUUCCCUGUAGCUUACAACUUAAAUGUACAUUUGAAGAAUACUAUGAAACGCGCGUGUGUCAGAUGCGGUUCGGUUAUGGAGAGGGAAAAACUGGCCGAUCAUUUGGCUAAAGUGCACGGAUGUUUGUAUGCCGAUUGUGAUAUCUGCUACAAACUGUUUGACGAUGAAAAUCUACUCAAGCAGCAUUAUAUGUCGCACCACAACAGAUUCUCCUACGGCUGUCAGAUCUGCGGGCGAGGCUACACAAACGACAGAGCUCUAAGAGCUCACAUGUACGCUCAUACUCUAUUCCACUGCCUAUCCUGUAAUUUAAGCUUCGAAAAUCGUCGCUGCUACAAACAUCAUCAGAAAAAAUGCAAAUCUGCGCGGACACCUGUCGCAACCAGCUUUACUUGCGACUAUUGCGGGCACGUUUACAACAAAAAACCUUCGUUACGCAUUCAUAUAAUACAGAAACACCUGAACGUGCUACCUUAUGUCUGUGAGACGUGUGGUAAAAGGACUUCUACAUUAGCACACUUGAGAUCACACGAGGCUGUACAUACUACGGAAAGGAAACUUUACAAAUGCGCUUGCGGUGCUGAGAUGCGAACAGAGCUAGGAUACCUCUUACACCAGAGAAUACACACAGGUGAAAAGCCGUACGAGUGUGAAGAGUGCGGCGACAGAUUUCUAUCGGCUUCACGACGCUUGGACCAUAUUAAGAGAAGGCAUAGGAGCCUUAAAGACAUGCCACACGGCUGCGACAUGUGCCAGGCUAGGUUCAUAAUAGAGGAACCCCUCUGCCCAAGCGGCGUUUGCGCCGCCUGCACCGCCCACGCCAUCGCGGCGCAAGAGUUCCGCACCCUCGUCGCCGACUCUAUCAAAAUAUGGUCCUUCGCGGUCAACCAACUAGAAAUCAUUCCCCUUAACAACACCCCCAACGUCAAGUCCCUCUGCGCCUUCAUCAGAUCAGACAAUCUAAACAUACGAAUAGGCAAAGACUACACCGUUAAUGAAAAAACUACUCCCCUAAACAGACUUAAAAGUAGAAUGAAUAGAAAGAAAAGUGAUGAGCGAAAACCGAGAGUGCACCGCGCAGGGCCGCCAUGUAAAUGCACGGAUUGCGGGAAGGAAUUCAUAAGUCCUUAUUAUUUGAACGUGCACUUUAAGAAUAGCGGUCAGAAAGACGCUUGCAUAACCUGUGGGGCUAUUGUUUUUAGGGGCAAAGAAAUGAGAGAUCAUUUAGUGAAAGUCCAUAGAGAAACAGCGUUCGUUUGUAAGGAAUGCCCCGCGAUAUUCAACAAUGAAAUUGAAGCUAAAAAACAUGAGAAAAAAGCACAUAAAUCUGGUUUAACGUGUGGUGAUUGCGGACGAACGUUCCUAAGGAAUGCCUCCUUCGAAACUCACGCGCAAAUGCACGCUGUACGCACUUGUAGGACGUGCGGUGUACAGUUCACCAAUAGAGCUUGUUACAGGGAACAUAGAUCUAAAUGCGAGCCAGAUGCGAAACCUGACAGAGACACCGUACCGAGAAACAGGCGGUCGAACAUUCGCGACCCAGCCACAUUCACUUGUGACUAUUGCAUGAAAACUUACACGUCCCGUCCACAGUUGAAGAACCAUAUACUGUGGAUACACAUGGAUGUGCGUCCACACCAAUGUCAGUGGUGCGGAAAGCGAUUUUACACCCCAGCGAGGCUAGCUGAGCAUAGCGUUGUACACACUAGGGAGCGCAACUUCGCCUGUGACAUUUGCGGAGCGAAAUUAGUUUCCAAAAUGGCCGCCGUGUACCACAGACGCCGUCACACUGGUGAGAAACCUUAUCGCUGCGAUGACUGCGGCGAUUGCUUCAUUUCUGCCUCGAGGCGGUCGGAACACGCUAAAAGAAAGCACGGGAAAGGUCCGAGACUGCAAUGUACUAGAUGCCCGUCGAGCUUCGUUCGGAUUCAUGAGCUACGGAGGCACAUCGAGAAAGCACACAGCCAUGUUGUUGCUGUAUAUGGGUUCCCGAAAACCGAAGUUUCAGAGAGCUAA